AACUGAAUAUUCUCUUGCAGAAAUACCCGCCUUACAUUUCAUCUACUAUCCCUUUUCUUGGACAUGCAGUUGCAUUUGGAAAAAGUCCUAUUGAAUUUUUAGAAAAUGCCUAUGAAAAGUAUGGGCCUGUGUUUAGUUUCACUAUGGUGGGAAAGACAUUUACAUACCUACUGGGUAGUGAUGCCGCAGCUCUAAUGUUCAACAGUAAAAAUGAAGACCUGAAUGCAGAGGAUGUAUACUCUCGACUGACCACACCAGUUUUUGGCAAGGGAGUUGCUUAUGAUGUGCCUAACCCGGUGUUUUUGGAACAAAAGAAAAUGCUGAAAACUGGGCUGAAUAUAGCCCAGUUUAAACAACACGUACCUAUAAUUGAAAAAGAAACACAGGAGUACUUCAAAUCCUGGGGAGAAAGUGGAGAGAGAAACUUGUUUGAAGCACUUUCAGAGCUCAUUAUUUUGACAGCAAGCCACUGUUUACAUGGAAAGGAGAUCAGAAGCUUACUCAGUGAGAAGGUGGCACAACUGUAUGCUGAUCUGGAUGGAGGAUUUACUCAUGCAGCUUGGCUUUUGCCAGGUUGGCUACCUUUACCUAGCUUCAGGCGUAGAGACAGAGCACAUAGAGAAAUAAAGAACAUUUUCUAUAAAGUAAUCCAAAAACGCAGGCAGUCUGGGGAGAGGGAGGAUGACAUGCUCCAAACAUUGAUGGAUGUUACCUAUAAAUCCAAAAGUUUGGAGGCCAGCACCAGUGCUUGGCUUGGCUUUUUUUUAGCAAGAGACAAAUCGAUACAGGAACAAUGCUAUGCAGAACAGAAAGCAGUUGGUGGAGAAGACUUGAAGCCUCUAAAUUAUGAGCAGCUGAAGGAUCUGAACAUGCUGGACCGCUGUCUAAAAGAAACUUUAAGGCUGAGACCUCCUAUUAUGACCAUGAUGAGAAUGGCCAGAACUCCCCAGACUGUUGCCGGCUUUACUGUUCCUCCUGGCCAUCAGGUUUGUGUAUCUCCCACUGUUAAUCACAGACUUAAGGAUUCUUGGAUAGAAAGCUUAGAAUUCAAACCUGACCGUUACCUCCAAGAUAACCCUGCAGCUGGAGAGAAGUUUGCAUAUGUGCCAUUUGGUGCUGGCCGUCAUCGUUGCAUUGGAGAAAACUUUGCUUACGUUCAGAUUAAGACUAUUUGGUCUACUUUGCUUCGUUUAUAUGAAUUUGAUCUCAUCAAUGGAUAUUUUCCUACUGUCAACUAUACAACCAUGAUUCACACGCCUGAUAAGCCAGUUAUCAGAUACAAGAAGCGAUCAUGCUAAUUUUGAGAUGAUUUCUGUAUUUAAAUUGUGAAAAUUACUGUUUCUUAAAUAAGUUAUGAUAAAAUUAAAUAAUUAAUAGAAAAGCUGGUUCAUUGGAUCCAAAUGUUGUGUUAUGAAAGUUGUUACUAGAACCAUAAAAUGUGAAAUUGUACAUUGCAAAUACUGUACAUUCUGACUUAAAAUAUUAUAAAAAUACUGUCUUUUCUACUUGUGUAACAAUUUUAAGGUGGAUGUUGCAUAUUGAUAAAGGUGAACCUAACUGUUUUGUCAAAUCUUAGGACAGCUGAGGAUUUAAUACUUUUUUAUAAGUUUAAAUUGUAAUUGUGAACAAUUUGGAACAUGCUCACUUUGCAGCCUUGUAUGUGCUUGCAGAAGUGAACACAUUUUAUAUAAUGAAUUAUUCAGCAUUUUAAUGAAUGAGCCAAAAAUUGCCAUGGCUUUAAUUUUUAAAAUACUGAAAACGUUAAGAUUUUUCUUAUGUGACAGGUGCUUAGGGUGCUCAUCUCAAGGCAAUUUUGAAGGGUCUGGAUUUUCAGAGAAUACCUAGCUAACCAGACUUUGAAAAUUAGUUCUAUUUUAAAAUUGGGUACCCAAAAUAAUUAGUCACACCUGGAAGUGUUUGUUUCAGUGCAGAGAUUGGCAGUAAAACCUUACAAAGCCUGACUUAGAGUGAACAGAAUAAGCCAGCUGUGUAUCCCUGUCUCUUUAAUUGUGUUCAUUGUGUAGUAAAGAAAGUGAAUAAAAUAACUAGUGUACUACUAUAUUAAGUAUA